CCGUCCAUGUCCCGCAGAGCAGUGACGUUUCUGUGCAGAGCCGAAAUGAUGCUCCGCGUGUUUGUAUCUUUAGUUAUUUUAAUAUUUUCAUGCAUUUACCCAGCGGUGGGGCUGUAUUUCCACAUAGGAGAAACGGAAAAAAAAUGCUUCAUUGAGGAAAUUCCGGAUGAAACCAUGGUGAUCGGUAAAUACAGGACUCAGCUCUGGGACAAACAGACCAACGCCUACCUGCCCUCCACACCUGGUCUGGGCAUGCACGUGGAGAUCAAAGACCCCGAUACCAAGCUCAUCCUCUCUCGUCAGUACGGUUCAGACGGACGCUUCACCUUCACGUCUCACACUCCCGGAGAGCAUCAGAUCUGCCUUCACUCAAAUUCCACCAAGAUGGCUCUGUUCGCUGGAGGAAAACUGAGGGUGCAUUUGGACAUCCAGGUGGGAGAACACACAAACAACUACCCCGAGAUCGCAGCUAAAGAUAAACUCACCGAACUCCAGCUCAGAGUGAGACAACUGCUAGACCAAGUGGAGCAGAUACAGAAGGAGCAAAACUACCAGAGGUACCGUGAAGAGCGUUUCCGUAUGACCAGUGAGAGCACAAACCAGCGUGUUCUGUGGUGGUCCAUCGCUCAGACACUCAUCCUCAUCGUCACCGGCAUCUGGCAGAUGAAGCACCUCAAGAGCUUCUUUGAGGCUAAGAAACUGGUCUAAAACUGGUCUGAGAACUUGUCUGAAAACUGGUCUGAGGACUGGUCUGAGGACUGGUCUGAGGACUGGUCUGAGGACUGGUCUGAGGACUGGUCUGAGGACUGGUCUGAGGACUGGUCUGAGGACUGGUCUGAGGGCCGGUCUGAGGACCGGUCUGAGGACUGGUCUGAGGGCCGGUCUAGACCCAGAAUAAGACUCCAAAUCAUGUAGGGAUGGGCAAUGGACAGUAUACCGGUGCUAUUUGAGAUUUCAGCCAAGUGGAUUUUUUUCAAAUAUCUGUGAAUAGGUUUAGAAUGUCCACGGGUUUCAAAUUAUGGAAAAUUAGAAUUGUUGCUAUAGCGAUUAACUAUAGGGUUAGUGCUUUGCUUGCUGCAUAAAUCUGUGCUGUCACUUUUAUACUCGUAAGCCGCCAUGUUUGUUUUGACACAAACGGUCCGUUCAUUUUUCUAAUUGGUUAAUCCACCUGUCAGUCAUGUGUGGUUCUGGACAGGCAAGGUAUGAUAGGACUGAACCAGGACUGAACCAGGACUGAACCAGGACUGAACCAGGACUGAACCAGGAAUGAACCAGGACUGAACCAGGACUGAACCAGGAUUAGAACAAUAUUGUACCAGUACGAGCUGGUUUUUGUCUUAUUGGCAGAACAGAAAUCAGAUACUGGUAUUUGAAAAAAAUCCACUUUGGACCAACCCUAAAGUUAGCAAAUUUUUUGAAUAAAUUUGAUUUUUGAUAGAAUUUUUGUUUUGAACUUCACCUGAGACACAUCGAUGACACGUUCUGCCACUCGCCCAGUUCACUUUCCCACUCGCAGUUUAACUUUGAGGAGUAAAAACACUGGAAUAUUUGGGAAUUUUGAAGUUUUUGUACAAAAUAAUAUUGUCACUAUUUAUUAUGUAUUAAUAUAUAAAGGUGUCGCCUUGAAUGUUCACUGUUACAUGUUUAGUAGCAUUUGUUCGUUUUGCUUUGUUUUGCUCCUAAUAACAUCAAAUAACCUAAUAACAUUCCCUCCAAGUUUGAUUCUUUACUUUGACUGGAGCUCAACAGUCCCACCAACUUCCAAGUCCACUCUGGUUCCGGAAGUAAAUUUUCCAUUCAUUUAUCCCAUAGAUAUUCCCAAUAAUUCAAAUAUAAUGAGCUGAAUAAUAUCGCAGAGGGUAACCAACUAAGUGCUAACCAGCUGUGGGCUAACUAGCUAUGUGCUAAGUAACAUCCAAAAUGUGUUUUAAGUCCAAGAAGGACAUUUAAAAUACAUGAUUUGGCAAAAAGUUUUAAUAACUUAGCUCUGUAUAAACUUACAGAAACAGAUUUUACAUAAAAUUCCAUGUCUUGUGGUCGUUAGUAACCACACAGCUGAUCAGCCCUGAGUAUUCAAACUUUUAACAUUAAUUUUGUUUUGGGAAAGUCUGUGGGAAAAAUUUGUGGGAAAUUGCCUCCCUGGACCAGGGGUGGGCGUCACAGUUGAGGCCCAUAAUCAUGGAAAUACUGAAACAUUUGUGUCCUUAAAUGGAUUUAAAUCAUGAAAAAUUCUAUUUGGGGGUUUAAAAUGUGGCCUUAAUUUCACCUAACCUGCCUAAGUGAAUCUAAGUUGUCACUUGCCAGGUGUUUUCAACAAUGUCAAGACCACUAACCCCGGGUGCAUUGACCUGUCUUCAGUUUGUAUUUAAGACCAAAAUAAAAUUCAAGAUUAUCAUUCCUAUUAAUUAAGAUGUAAUUAGACACUUGAAUGAUGCGUUCAUGUAAAUUAUGCCUUUGCCUGUGUUUCCCAUGUAACUCAAUAAACCAUCUUGGUAUA